CGCGUCCAGCCUUCUUGGAAACUCGUCGAUUCUCGCGUGAUAAUCGGUCUUUCCAAAGCGGCCAUUAAAUAUCGGCAGAAUGUUGAUGCCCAAGAAGAACCGCAUUAUGAUCUUCGAGCACCUCUUCAAGGAGGGUGUGCUUGUAGCCAAGAAGGAUAACAGUUUACCUAAGCAUCCCGAGGUUGAAGUGCCAAACCUUCAUGUUAUCAAGGCCCUUCAGUCCUUGAAGUCUCAGGGUUACGUGAAGGAGCAGUUUGCCUGGCGCCAUUUCUACUGGUACCUGACAAAUGAAGGUAUCCAGUACUUGAGGGAUUUUCUCCAUCUCCCCCCAGAGAUUGUCCCCUCAACACUCAAGAGGCAGGCAAGACCAGAAACAACACGCCCAAGACCAUCAAAGGGACCUGGCGAGGACCGUGAGGGACGUCGUGAUUUCGGUGGAGCUGACAGACAAGCCUACAGGAGGGGUGGCGACCGUGACCGUGGAGACAAGAAGGGCGAUGUUGGUGCUGGUGCAACCGAAGGAUUCCAGUUCCGAGGUGGUUUUGGCCGAGGUCGAUCUGAUAGACCAGAGCGUCAACAACAGCAGCAGUAAAAAAACCAACAAAUUAUGUGUACAGAUUUACAUCACAAAAAAAUAAAUUAAAGAAAGUAAA